AUGCCCACGCCAGUCCCACGGGUCCCGAAGCGCCUGCCAGCGUACCAAGUCGUCAUCCUCGUGUUGAUAUCCCUCGUCUGCGUCGCUGGAGUCGGCUUGAACCUCGCUCUCCUAUCCGUGCUGGCCGACUUGAAACAGGACACCUGGCUCAGCAACCACCCGUACGUCAAGGCAUGGAUAGAGCUGAUCACGGAGAAGCAGCUGUGGAUCCUGCAGCCAGCCACCUUCGCUGCCAGCUUCUUUGGCCUGGUUGGUUGCUUUAUCAAGCUAGCUGAUCAUGCCGCGGCGGGCAAGAAGAAGGCCCCGGCGGGGGAGGCGAAGAAGACCAAGUGA